AUGACAGGACCUCAAACUAUUAUACACAGAUCACGAUUCGUGGACUUCACACCUGGUAAUAUUACUUCUAUUGCCUUUUCGCAUAGAUCGAACCUGGAAAAAUUAACUCCUUCUGAUUUGCGUGUAGCAAUUGGUAGAUCUAAUGGUGACAUUGAAAUAUGGAAUCCAAGAAACAACUGGUUUCAAGAACUUACUAUCCCAGGUGGUAAAGGACGUUCUAUAGAGGGACUCUGUUGGUGUAAUAUUAGUGGAGAGCCACUUAGAUUGUUUUCUAUUGGGGGGUCCACAGUUAUUACAGAAUGGAAUUUAGCAACAGGGGAAGUAUUGAAAAAUUAUGAUUGUAACGCAGGUGUUAUAUGGUCAUUGGCAAUUAAUGAUGAUAUGAAUAAAUUAGCUGUUGGUUGCGAUAACGGUACUGUUGUAAUUAUUGAUAUCUCAGGAGGUUCAGGCGUCCUAGAACACGAUACAAUCCUGGUAAGACAAGAAUCAAGAAUUUUGACAUUAACAUGGAACAAAAAUGAUUUCGUUAUUGGUGGUUGUUCUGAUGGGAGAAUUAGAGUUUGGAAUUGUAUCCAAGACAAUGAAAGUAGGGGUAGAUUACUACAUACCAUGAAAGUUGAUAAAGCUAAGAAUGAAUCUACUUUAGUAUGGAGUAUUUUAUAUUUACCUGCUACUAAUCAAAUUGUCUCUGGUGAUUCAACUGGGUCAGUAAAGUUUUGGGAUUUCCAAUAUGCUACAUUAUCUAGUUCAUUUAAACCUCAUAAUGCAGACGUUUUAUGCUUGACUACUGAUGUCACCAAUACACACGUAUUCACUGCAGGUGUCGAUAGGAAAAUCUUCCAGUUUACUAGAAAUAUAUCCAACAAUAAUAACCAAAAGGGUAACGAUAAUAAGAAAUGGAUUAAUAGUUCUAACAGAUUAUUGCAUGGUAACGAUGUAAGAGCUCUUGCAGGCUAUCAGUCCAAGGGUGCUGAUUUCUUAGUCUCUGGUGGUGUUGAAAAGACAAUUGUGGUUAGUUCUAUGUCAUCAUAUGCAGAAGGUAACUAUAGAAAGAUGCCACUUGUUGAACCAUUUACAAAGAAUGUUUUGAUUAAUAAGGAACAAAGACUUCUUGUGAUGUGGCAUGAAACAACCAUUAAGAUUUGGGUUAUCGGUGAUGACUUAGAUUUUGACAAAAAUUAUAAAUUGGUUUGUAAAUUGGUGUUAAAGGAUGAUCAAAAUAUUUCUAAUUGUACAUUAUCACCAGAUGGACAAGUAUUAGUUGUUAGCAGAAACUAUACCACUAAAUUAUUCCAUCUACAACCUGAAGAAGGUAAGUUAAUAGUUACUAAAUUAGAUAAUGAUUUAUUACUAAAGACUGGUACAAGAAUUGCAAAAUUCAUUGAUAAUUCUAAAAUUAUUUUCUGCACUACAGAUGAUGAAUUAGUUUCCUUAGAUCUAGAGAGUGAUAAUGAUGAAAAAUUUGAAUAUAUUGAAACUUCAGAUGUUCAAUCUACAAAGAGUGGAAUUAAAGUACCUUAUAUCAAUAACAUCCAUCAACUUGAUUCAACCGCUAAAUUUGCAGUAAUCUCUAGAGGUUGUGGUAUAGUUGAUCUAAUUAACUUAGAAACUAAAGAAACCAAAUGUUUGGUUCGUUUGACUAAUUUCAUUACUGCAAUGAAAAUAAAUGAGAAAAGAAAUACCGUAAUUGUUGUGACAGCUGAUAAUAAAAUUUAUGAAUUCAACAUAAUACAAAAAAUGGAAGAGACCGCAGAUGAAGAUUCAUCCUCAUCAUUAUUAACUAUGUGGUCCAAGCACAAUACAGAAAAUUUACCAAAGCAAUUUACGAAUGCCAAAGAAAAAUGCCAAGGUGUUACUUUCAGUAAUAUCAAUGAAAAUAUAGCCUGGUUCUGGGGUGCUAACUGGAUUUCAAGAUUUGAUUUAUCUGUAGAUUUACCUAUUAGUAACAAAAGAAAACAGAAAAAACGUACCCGUGAUAACCUUACAAUUACUGAUGAAAGUAACUUCAUGAGUUAUGAAGACGAAGAAGAUGAAGAUAUUGAUUUAGAUCUUGAUGAUAAUAUGGACACUCUACAUACAUCAAACAACAGAUUAAAGUCCCUAGGAACUAAUAAAAAUACAAUGGACCGUAAAGUCUUUUUCUUCACAGACAAGUACAGACCAAUCUUGUACUUUGAUUUCAUCUCUGAUAAAGAAUUGGUCGUUGUUGAGAGACCACCAUCUAUGAUAGAAAAUCAAAGAAAAGCGUUCCAUCUUCCAAAGAUUGUUUUCUAG